AUGUCGACUGUCCUGCAGAGCAUCGAGCGGCUGUCUAGUCAGGUGGUGCACAUCCUGGGCUGUAACCCGGGACCCAUGACCCUGCAGGGCACCAACACCUACUUGGUAGGGAUCGGCACCAGGAGAAUCCUCAUUGACACUGGAGAACCAGCAAUUCCAGAAUAUAUCAGCUGUUUAAAGCAGGCUCUGACUGAAUUUAACGCAACAAUCCAGGAAAUCAUAGUGACUCAUUGGCACCGUGAUCAUACUGGGGGCAUAGGAGAUAUUUGUAAAAACAUCAAUAAUGACACUGCAUAUUGCAUUAAAAAACUCCCACGGAAUCCUCCGAGAGAAGAAAUUAUAGGAGAUGGAAAGCAACAGUAUGUUUAUCUGGAAGAUGGAGAUGUGAUUAAAACUGAAGGUGCCACUCUCAGAGUUAUACACACACCUGGCCACACUGAUGAUCAUAUGGCUCUACUUUUAGAAGAGGAGAAUGCAGUCUUUUCUGGAGAUUGCAUCCUAGCGGAAGGAACAACUAUAUUUGAAGACCUCUAUGAUUAUAUGAACUCCCUAAAAGAGCUAUUGAAACUCAAAGAUGAUAUUAUAUAUCCAGGACAUGGUCCAGUAAUUCAUAAUGCUGAAGCUAAAAUUCUAGAAUACAUUGCUCACAGAAAUAUCCGAGAACAGCAAAUUCUUACACUGUUUCGUGAUAAUUUUGAAAAAUCAUUUACAGCAAUGGAGCUUGUAAAAAACAUUUAUAAGAAUACUCCUGAGCAUUUAUAUAAAAUGGCUGAACAUAAUGUCUUGCUGCAUUUGAAAAAAUUUUAA